CCCCAGCUGCUCCGGAGCUGCGCCACGUCGACUCCGCUGGGUGGGGCCGGCGUCGGGCGGGGCCGGCGUCGGGCGGGGCCGGCGGGGUCUUCAGGGUACCGGGCUGGUUACAGCAGCUCUACCGCUCACGACGCAGACAUGGCAGCGCAGAAGGACCAGCAGAAAGAUGCCGAGGCGGAAGGGCUGAGCGCCACGACCCUGCUGCCGAAGCUGAUUCCCUCCGGUGCAGGCCGGGAGUGGCUGGAGCGGCGCCGCGCGACCAUCCGGCCCUGGAGCACCUUCGUGGACCAGCAGCGCUUCUCACGGCCCCGCAACCUGGGCGAGCUGUGCCAGCGCCUCGUACGCAACGUGGAGUACUACCAGAGCAACUAUGUGUUCGUGUUCCUGGGCCUCAUCCUGUACUGCGUGGUGACGUCCCCUAUGUUGCUGGUGGCUCUGGCUGUCUUUUUCGGCGCCUGUUACAUUCUCUAUCUGCGCACCUUGGAGUCCAAGCUUGUGCUCUUUGGCCGAGAGGUGAGCCCAGCGCAUCAGUAUGCUCUGGCUGGAGGCAUCUCCUUCCCCUUCUUCUGGCUGGCUGGUGCGGGCUCGGCCGUCUUCUGGGUGCUGGGAGCCACCCUGGUGGUCAUCGGCUCCCACGCUGCCUUCCACCAGAUUGAGGCUGUGGACGGGGAGGAGCUGCAGAUGGAACCCGUGUGAGGUGUCUUCUGGGACCUGCCGGCCUCCCGGGCCAGCUGCCCCACCCCUGCCCAUGCCUGUCCUGCACAGCUCUGCUGCUCGGGCCUACAGCGCCAUCCCAUCACAAGCCCGGGGAGGGAUCCCGCCUUUGAAAAUAAAGCUGUUACGGGUGUCAUUCAGGAAA